AUGUUGCGUCCGGGGACAAUCGACACGCCACGCCUGUUCUAUGAGAGGUACGACCCUUUCCUGGAAACUCAGCAGUUGCUUCAGGAGCACCGGCGGCUGCAUGUGCAAGAGCGCCAUGCUCGAGAUGCCGGGGUGAAUGGGAUUCUCAUGAUCGAUGCAGGCCAAGACUGCAACGAUCCCACGAUGAAAGAUGAUCUCGACAGACAAGGCAGACUCAAGCCGGACGACGCCAUCCAUCAUACGGGGAAGUUCAAAGUGCAGGCAGAUGUAGCCCGAAGAAAGCUCACUCCUCGCUGCUCUGGUGCAGCCAGGGCUGCUGCAGAAAUCCGGUUUCGCAGACUCGGCACCGAUAAGCCCAAGGACUUCAGCCGCAGGAAUGUUCUCCUCAAAGAGCAGCUGCGACAUGAGUGCCGUCUGCCUGCUGCAGCAACGUGGGCUGGGGAACAGACCGAGUUCAUGCGGCAGAGGUUCAACAAGCAAGCCACCAUUCGACAUGAGCUUGGUGAUGGGAGGACUUUGCCACAUGAGCGGAGGGAGGACUAG